CCAUAUGAAACCAUGACUCCUCUCCAAGCUGCCUUGGGAGUGAGACAGGGCAUGCGUCCAGAAUUUCCAAGAAAUGCACAUCCGAAACUCCUAGACCUGAUGCAGAAAUGUUGGGAAACGGUUCCCAGCAAACGACCUUCCUUCUCCGAGAUAAUAGUCGAACUUGAGGAACUGAGGGAAGAAAUACAGGAAACAUCAGAAUCUUUGACUCAUGAAACGUCAGAAGCAAACGGGGAGUGAAGCCUUUUGGUCACCAGUUGGCGUUUGAAGUUUUUAUUCUUUUUCCUUGUGGUUAUAGAGGUUCUCCUAUAGGGCAAAGGAAUUCCAUUAAGGUUGCAACAGACAGCAGAACCAGGACAGAGAAUGUGAUUUCUAUUUUUUUUUUUUUUUUUUGGUAACAGUUGGUUACUACUAUUUUCCACAAACUCGAUUAACAUCCACGUCCCACGAUGUGAAACUCAAAAACUGUAAGAAUUAGGGGCUUUUUUCCUUUGAGCAACAGGAUACACAACUUGUUAAGGAUACAAACAAUUGGGUCAGCAACUUUUUUUUUUUUUGAAAAAAAAAGAAGAAAGAUUGGGUUUGUGG